GAAGGUCAAUCCUCCGCGAGAGACGCUUUGAUGACACUGUCCAUAUUCAGUGUCGUCACGUAAGUAAUAUGACAGCGCGACAUGGUGGUGUUGGAUUACCCUUGUAUGUGGGGAAAUGUGAUCUCCAGUGAUUAUGUAUGCUCAAAUGGCUCGUGAUGCACAUCUGUGUCGGGAAAUCGUGUUCAUUCACAGUCAACUUUCCAUUUUCAUCUGCACAACCCACGAAGUAAACAGUGGUAAAUGGCCUGUUUGUUUGGUGGUCUGACAGUUAUAGCACUUUGUUGACAGAUAGGUCUAGAAGUUGGUCGUGGGCAGGGUGCUUGUAAACAGGAGCAGGGCUCUUAAUACAGCGAAUAUGGGUUCCUCAUGAAUGAUCUGCUCCUGGUGGUGAGGGGCUCGGACUGAUGACAAGAUGGCGCUCUGCCGGACAGCCAGGGCCAAGACGAUCGCAGUGGGUUGUACAGGACUGUGCAUGCUGGCCAUAGGAAUAGGACUCAUCCCUGUCAUUAAUGUUAUAGUGGACAAGAAGGUUAGACAGAGUGUCAUCUUGAAGGAGGGGGGUCUCCAGUAUGACAUCUGGAGGAACAUGACAAUCCCGGUGUACAUUCAGUUCUACAUGUUUGACCUGAAGAACCCCGAGGAGGUACACAACGGCGAAACUCCGGACAUGGAACAGAGGGGCCCCUACACAUACAGGGAGACAAGAUACAAAGAGAACAUAACCCACCAUGACAACGGUACAGUCUCCUACCGCCAGAUGAGAGUUUUCAAGUUUGAUCGCAACAUGUCCGUGGGGGACGAAACAGAUGAGUUCACCACAGUCAACCCUCCACUCAUGACACUUCUCACAGCCCUGAAGUUCCAGUCUGAGGCGGUGAGGACGGUGAUCAGUGGGGUGCUGAGACUGACGCCUGCUGAGCUGUUCAUGACGAGGCCGAUGAAGGAAAUUAUCUGGGGCUACCAUGACCCCCUACUCAAGGUUGCCAAGAAAUUGGACCAUGAAUGGUUCUACACUGACUACGUUGGAUAUUUCAUCAAUAAAAACAACACAGACGAUGGUGAAUACACAGUGCACACCGGGGAGACGGACAUCAGCCUGCUCGGGGUCAUUGAUAAAUACAAUGGGUCUAGUUACCUGAACUUCUGGUCAACCCCGUGGGCCAACAUGGUGAACGGGACAGAUGGGACAAUAGCUCCACCUUUCAUACAGGAUGUCACAAGACUGCCUACAUUCUCGUCCGAUGUGUGCAGGUCGGUGUAUGGCCUCCACUCAUCGGAUGUGAAGACCACCCAAGGGAUCCCCCUCCAUCGCUUCACAGGGAACCAGGCGGAACUGGGAAAUUUGACGCUGAAUCCGGACAACAUCGGCUUCUGUACCCCACAGUCCAGCUGUUUUGGAACUGGGGUGCUGAAUGUCAGUGCCUGUCAAAGUUUGGACUACUUCCAGAUUCCGGGCGUGGUCUCGUUUCCUCACUUCUAUCUGGCAGAGGACAAGUAUGUCCAUGGGGUGUAUGGCAUGGCACCCAACAAGGAGGAACACGAGACGGCCAUUGAUAUAGAACCACUGACUGGCCUGGUGCUGCAAGCUGCGAAGAGACUUCAAAUCAACAUGCAUGUCAUCCCCAUCCCAGACAUACAACAGACUGCCAACAUCAAGCCAGUAGUGAUGCCAAUAUUUUGGGUGAAUGAGAGUGCCGCAGUUGACGAUGUCCACGCUAAGCAGUUGCAAGAUCUGCUGUUUACGCCGCUCCUGGUCACAGAUAUACUCAAAUAUGGACUUAUUGGUGUUGGGGCGGCCAUGUUUCUCUGUUCAGCAAUCUAUGCAAUAUGGUUCUUGAAGUCCCCUGAGACUUCAACAAACAGCAGUGAAAGAUCUGAGCCCCAUCGCUGUGAUGACAGCCCAGAUGAGACCACACCCUUACUGUAUGAUGAAGCUUACAGUGGUCGCAAUGGCCACACAAACAGGCUACAAGGGGGCAACACUGCCCCUAACAUCAACCAGCUAGAAAGGGACACUGCAAGGGCUAACACUCCCUCUAACACUGAUUAUAUGCAAGAGGAAAGAGAUCGAUCCAACGCUCCCCAAAACACUGAUAAUAUGCAAGGGGACACUGCAGGGAUUAACACUCCCCCUAACACUGAUCAUAUGCAAGAGGAAAGAAAUCAAUCCAACACUCCCCAAAACACUGAUAAUAUGCAAGGGGACACUGCAGGGAUUAACACUCCACCUAACACUGAUCAUAUGCAAGAGGAAAGAGAUCGAUCCAACGCUCCCCAAAACACUGAUAAUAUGCAAGGGGGCACUGCAGGGAUUAACACUCCACCUAACACUGAUCAUAUGCAAGAGGAAAGAGAUCGAUCCAACGCUCCCCAAAACACUGAUAAUAUGCAAGGGGGCACUGCAGGGAUUAACACUCCCCCUAACACUCAUCAUAUGCAAGAGGAAAGAGAUCGAUCCAACACUCCCCAAAACACUGAUCGUAUGCAAGGGGGCACUGCAGGGAUUAACAUUCCCCCUAACACUGAUCAUGUGCAAGAGGAAAGAGAUCGAUCCAACACUCCCCAAAACACUGAUAAUAUGCAAGGGGGCACUGCAGGGAUUAACACUCCCCCUAACACUCAUCAUAUGCAAGAGGAAAGAGAUCCAUCCAACACUCCCCAAAGCACUGAUAAUAUGCAAGGAGGCGCUGCAGGGAUUAACACUCCCCCUCACACUGAUCAUAUGCAAGAGGAAAGAGAUUGAUCCAAGACUCUUCAAAACACUGACAGACUACAGGUGACACUGCAGGGAUAAAUACAUGAUUAUUAUUGUGUGUGACCUUUCACUGACCAAUAGUGAUGGGAUAAAUACAAUGGCAAACGGUACAGUAUCUGCUCUCCAAAUGUAAAGGACACAGAAUUUUUUAAACUACUGGUCUGUGAAGAGAGUAUUGAGGGACAGCAAGACAACUCAGGUGGAUGUUCUAUUGUUGUUCAUGAUCACGUGUUUGCUCGUCAUGAAGAAGGACCUAUUUAUUCCAAACACCACAUAACAGGGAUGGCACCAAAGGGGGGUAACUCUUGAAAUUUUCUACAACCUAUCAAACCUAUAAGCAAUCACAGGUUCCAGGUGGGAGCAGAUAGGAAUAUCUGUGGCCAAGUUCAUCUCUAUCAAAAACAAAGUGUCAAUGGUAAGGAUUGUGUUUGAGGUAAAUAAGCUCAAUAGAUUUCUGAUGAUUCUGUUAGUGUAUGCAAAUAUUUCUGCUCUGCGUGAUAUUUUUUAUAUUGACUGAGAAACAGUGCUUCAGGGUGCUAAGGUCAAAUUGUUUUGUAAGAGAUGCUAUAAUGUAAACCUGUUUAUCCAGACAGAGAUAUUGUCCGGAUUAACGAAGGACAAGGAAUGAUGAGGACCCUUUUGGGCCCAGGACAUAGUUUAAAGGGCAAGUUCACACGGAAAUUAACCUAUUUUUCUUGUACUUUUUCCACAUUAAAAGUGUUAACCUAGAAGUGUCAUAGACAAAAAUAUAAAAAUAUCACAAUUAAUUAAC